AUGCCAGAUCCUUUCGUGAAAGAUGAAAUCCAUGAGAAGAAGGUCAUGCUGAGCAUCUGGUGGGGAGUUCAUGGAAUCUACCGUUUCGAACUGCUCCCGGACAACACGACAGCUACUGCCGAGGUCUACUGCGCUCAACUGCAAAGAUUGGCCGACAAGAUCCGCAAGGAGCACCCGAAGCUCUACAACGUUCGCCUCCUGCAUGAUAACGCGCGCUCUCACAUCGCGAAGAAGACUUCCCAAAAAAUUCUGGAAUUCGGAUGGGAAGUUCUACCGCACUCGCUGUACAGUCCGGAUUUCUUCGCCUCCAAUUCGCCGGAGUUCCACGCCAAAGGAAUCCGUGAUCUUGUGAGACGUUGGCAGAAGGUUGUCGAUGUUGAUGGAGAUUAUUUCGUCGAAUAA